CUUCACUACACAGGCACAACUUCCAUAGUCCCAGGACCCAGAUCAUCCCAGACAGACGAAGGUUGAACUGGCCGUCCUGUCCGAGGCAAAGAUGGAGCGCUCCUCCACCAAAACUCAUCUCGUCUGCAUGGCUCUCCCCUUGCAAGGCCACAUCAACUCCAUGCUCAACCUGGCCAAAGUCCUCCACUUCAAGGGCUUCUUCAUAACCUUCGUCAACACCGACUACGCCCACCGCCAACUUCUCGGAUCACUCUCCGCUCUCGACGACCUCCCUGACUUCCGCUUCGCCAGCAUCUCCGACGCCCCCGACGAUAGCGACCAAUUAUACAGACAAGACGCUAGAAAUCGCGUUCUCGCCGCCCAAAAGAACUGCCCUGCUUCUUUCCUCAGGCUCAUAUCCGCGCUGAACGAUCCGAGCAUAUCCGGCGUCCCACCCGUUAGAUGCGUCAUCUCAGAUUCCUUCGCCACCUUCACCCUCAACGCCACCACCGAAUUGGGGAUCCCUAACGUGUUCUACUGCACAGUCGCCGUGUGUGGCUUCACGGACUUGUACUACUCCAAGGACUUGAUCGAGAGGGGCCUCGUCCCUUUGAAAAGUGAAGACGAUCUUACAAAUGGGUACCUGGACACUCUCAUUGAUUGGAUACCAGGAAUGGUAACAGUCCGGCUGAGAGAUUUGACUAGUUUCAUUCGAACCACCGACCGAGACGACGCAUCGCUCAACUUUUCCAUGGACGGAGCGCGUGCAUCUCACCGAGCCACGGCAAUCAUCUUCAACACUUUUUCUGAAUUAGAAUCGCCAUUGCUCAGCGCGUGUUCAUCGAUGCUGCCGGCGCCGGUGUUCGAUAUCGGUCCCAUGUGCCUGCUUUCCCAGCACAUUCCCGAUGAUUCAUCGACCUCAUCGAUCGGUGGACUGAACAUGCGGAGAGAGGACUCGCGAUGCAUGGAAUGGCUAGACGAAAAGGAGUCAGGGUCCGUGUUGUACGUCAACUUUGGUAGCUUGACAAGCUUGACGAGCGAGCAGGCCGUGGAGUUCGGGUGGGGUUUGGCCAACAGUGGAUGCGCGUUUCUUUGGGUCAUUAGACCGGACCGAGGGAAGGAGCUUCUUCACGAGCUGGUGCCCACAACGGAGGGUGUUGGCUCAUGCUGCAAUUGGAGGUUUCUUGACGCACUGCGGAUGGAAUUCUACGACGGAAAGCAUAUGCUCAGGGGUUCCCAUGAUCUGUUGGCCUUUCUUUGCCGAUCAGCAAAUUAAUCGUAGGUACAUAUGCUCUGUAUGGGGCAUUGGAAUGGAAAUUGGUGAAGAUGUAACGAGGGAGGAGGUGGAAGGGUUGAUCAAGGAGCUGAUGGAAGGGCGGAAGGGGAAGGAAAUGAAGAGGAAAGCGGUGGAGUGGAAAGAAAAAGCAGUUGAGGCAGCCAAACCUGGUGGAGGAUCUUGGAGAAAUUUGGAAAAGCUUAUCCGGGAGAUAAUAAUGGAGGAGUGAUGUUAAAUGGAAAAUUAAACUUAUUUUUCUAUGUUGAAUAAUUAAACAAGUUACUUUUCUAUUAGCUUUA